AUGUCCGGAGAAGAAGAAGUUGAGCUAAUUAUUAGAAGUGCUUAUCAAUCCGCCGAUGAUUUGACAUUUUCCUGCCCGAAAACUUGGACGAUUCGUCAAAUAAAAGAGCAUGUUAGAAAUGUUCUUGAAUCUCACCCGGUAAAUUAAUUAAUUUCAAAUUAUUUCUAGAUUAAACUUUAGUGUCAAAUUUUUACAGGCAAUUUCCACACAACGUCUUAUUUUUUCUGGUGCUUCUCUCCGAGACGAACAAAUCAUCUACGAUAUUUUAAGCCGAAGUGUAGUUGAUGGUGCACAAAUCUUUCAUCUUGUAAUUGCCCAACCUUAUGUCACUCAAGAAGUUCGUCAGAGAACAACACAAGCAUCUUCAAAUGCUACACAAGCUGCACCUCCAACUGUCACACCAAAUGCACCAUCAAGUCUUACUUGGGAGCAAUGGUGGGCUCAAUACGGCCAAAAUACAAAUCAGGCUCAAGCUCAAUAUUAUCAGUAUUACAACGAGUAUAUGCGACACUACUAUGCGCAACAAUAUUAUAUGAGUUAUGCAGCUGCGGCAGCCUCGCAAACUCCAGCACCUGCUGCGCAAGUCGCUGCUCCGCAAAAUCAAGCUGCGGCAGCACCGCCUGGUGAACGUGUUGAUGCUUUGGAGAUGUUCUAUCGUCUUUUCAAGCUCGUUCUAUUGUUUUCGGUGAGUCCUUAACUAAUUCUUUAUUCAAAACUUGAAUUUCGCAGGCUGUGCUUCUCUACUCAUCAUUCGAACGAUUUUUACUUGUCUUAGUUGCCGCACUCUUCAUCUACUUCAUUCAAAUUCGCCGAAAUCAAGCUCGAAAUCGCGCUGCGAUUGCCGCAAGGGAUUUGGCUCAACAAAAUGCGGUGAAUAACAAUAACAAUGGAGAGAAUCAGACAAAUCCACCAACAACAACAUCAGCUUCUGAAAAUGAUGCUGGAAAUGCGAGUGGCGAGGGAAAUAAUGCAGCUGAAAAUGAAGAGGAGGUAAGAUUUUCAGGGAUUUCUUGGGAAUCUAUGUACCUUUGAAAUUUUGAGAUCGAAAAAUUUCAUUAAUUUAAAAAAUUUUAGAAUUGAUGUUUUUGAAAAAGAGAUGUCAAUUUUUUCACUGAAAAUUUGAAGUUUCAACAGAUUUUUGACACGCCAAAGUUUAUUUGAAAAAUCAAAAGUUUAGUUGAAAAUCCGAAAAUUUGAUUUUUGUUGCUCAACUUGGCAACCAAAUUUAAGAAAAAAAAAACACAAGGUCCAAAAUUUGUCCAGCGAAGGUUUUAAUAAAAAACUUCGGCAAUUCAUAAAUCGAAUUUUCUUCUAGGAUUCUUUGGAUAGUCCACCACGAGAAAUGGCACCUCCUCCACCAACUUCUUCAUCAAUUUCUCCACCAACUUCUCCAGAUUCUCCAACCGGAAUGCAAAUCUUCUUUUCCGCCUGUUAUUCCUUUAUCACAUCAUUUUUCACAUCUCUCGUCCCAGAUCAUCCAUUACCAGUAGAUUUGAACUAG